GCUGCUGCAACCAGAACUUUGUUGCUGUUAGUGAAUUGAACUCGCCCCGAUAUUCCGCGAUGCUUGUUUAACGGGAAAUUUCAAUCUGUCAGAGUGACGUACAUAACUAUUCGUCACUCACGCCAGUCCAAGAGCAAUAGCGACGCCUUCUCAUACGUCUCGGAAUCCGUCACCAUUUUACGCAUUUUUGUCAUACUGUGUGGGAAGGAGCUUCAGUAUAGCUUUCACUUCAGAAUCAUUCUAGGACUCUUGGACUAUCAUUUUUUUCAUUUAUUGGAAGCAUUCUAAAGCAUUUUACCUUUAAAAAGAAAUUACUGAUAACGCAGAACAGAUAGAAAGAAUGAUGCUGGCAACGCGACUCAAUGAGACAGUGCAAAAUCUAUCAUGUGUUGAUACUAUUUAUUUCGUACAGAACGGGUCUAUCACUUUUUCUCAAGCUAUGGAAUUAACAAACAUAGAAAAAUGUAUCAAUCAUUUUGGCGACCACCCAAUGUGGCUGCAAAUAGCCGUGGUGGUAUCAUGUCUCAUAAUGGUUACGGUGGCAUUCCUUGGAAACACGGUUGUUAUAUGGUUGAUUUUGACAUAUCGUAUCAUGAGGACAGUCACCAACUACUUCUUGCUCAAUCUUGCAGUGGCUGAUGCUAUGGCAACUGUAUUUAACACCAUGUUUAAUUCUAUCUAUUUUUUCUACGGGAAUCAUUGGAGGUUUGGCAAUGGAUAUUGUACCUUUACACUGUUCGUCGCCCACUGUACCGUGUCCGUGCAUGUGUUAACCUUUGUGGCUAUUGCCGUCGACAGAUACAUAGCAAUAAUCCAUCCUCUGAGACCUCGUCUGUCCAAAAAGAUAGUCCUUGGAGUUAUAUGUGGAAUCUGGACGCUCUCCUCAAUGGUCGGCAUUCCUGCCAUCCUGGUUGGCGGGGUGGCACGUGUGACGGACGCUUUGAUGCCUGAUGGGUCUGCAUGGUACCAGUGUCAGAUGAACUGGGCACCAGAGAAAGACUUAUCGUAUAACAUAUUCUUGACAUCAUUUGAGUAUUUCAUCCCCUUAAUGGUUUUACUGGUGACAUACAUGAGAAUCAGUGCGAGGCUGUGGUCCGGAGAACGCAUUGGGGAGAACACGCCCACAUUACAAGAUGCCAUUCAGGCCAAGAGACGGGUUGUGAAAAUGUUGAUUGUGGUUGUACUGCUAUUCGCCGUAUGCUGGCUUCCAUACCACGUGUUCUUCUUGCUACAGUUUGAGCACGAUCACAUAUUUCACUAUGACGGAAUACAGUAUAUAUGGCUGGUUGUCUUCUGGGUGGCAAUGAGUAACACCAUGUUCAACCCAAUCGUUUAUGUUUGGAUGAACAAAAGAUUCCGCUGUGGGUUCAAAUCAUUCUUUCGCUGGCUGCCGUGCGUCCAUUACGGCAGAGAUGAAAUGAAGGUCCUGUUCAACUCCCAAGCGUCAUAUCCGUGUAUGACUUUAUCGGAGGAUUCGGCCAAUCCACCGUUCUUACUUAUGUCACGUAUGAGAUAUUCCAGGAACUAUUAAAAUUACAUUUACCAGGAAGAAAAAGUGCCCAUAAGGCUUUGACUUUAUCAUUUUGGAAAAUGGCGAAACAAACGACUGCUCUUCAUUCAAUGUUAGACGCACACAACCUUUUCUCCGAGAUCCUGGCCAUCAAACAACUAGAUACGCACAGAUAGAGGAUAAAGUGUCACUUAUACAAUCUGCUGUGAUUGCAAGAUGACAUAAUAGAACAUUUGGGCAUACAGGCAAAGAUGAAUGUUGUUUUAAUGGAUGCCUUAAUGUUGUUCCAGAAUGAACCCAUUCAUUUGUUACAAAAAAUGUCAUUUGUCAAGUUAAUUAUUUUAUCAUAUGUGAUAAAGAUUAGUCACAAGAAACACCACAGCUUCACAUGAAACUCCUGAGACAGGAGUUGUGGCAGGAAGUUAAAAAAUAUAUGAAUCUAAAGUUAAUUUAUUUAUA